UUAAAUACCCUAAAAUAGCAUGAUUGCACUAUCCCUAAUUAGUCGCUGGGUCAUGGGACAUCCGAUCAGAGAUAACCCGGAAGUAAAACCCGGAAGCGCUCCAUAGCUGGGGUGUGAGUCUCAGCAAUCAUGUCCAGUGCCAAGCCAUGCUGUUUGGUCAUCUGUAGUGCUGCUAUAGAUGGUGUGUCAACACAGCCGUUCAUCCAGGCAGUCACUCUGCUAAACUCUGCCUUUACACUACAACUGGCUACACCUAAUGGAAAGGCUAUUGAGUUUGUCCAGCAAGAUGAUUCCGGUCGGCGCUGGCUGAACGAUUUCCGGUCCAAGAGUGUGGCCACGCCCACAAGACUGGAUACCAUAGAUGUUUCCCGCUAUGCCUGUGUGCUGAUACCUCCUGCACCUGGUGCCCUGUACGACCUGGCAAAGGAUGCAGAUGUGGCAACUAUUCUCAACCAAGCAGUUGCAGAGAGGAAGCCAGUUUGUGCAGUAGGACUGGGGGUGGCAGGUCUCUGUGGCGCUAUGAAAGAUGACAGGCUAACAUGGACCUUUUCAAGUUACAGUUUAACUGGGCCGUCAGUGUUAAGUUUAGCAAAGAGUCCGUCCUUUGCCAACUUGCCACUAAUCAUAGAGGAUUUCAUCAAGGAUAAUGGUGCAGUGUACAGCGCCAGUAAGGCAGACCAUGUCCAUGUUGUGGUGGAUCAGAACCUGAUCACAGGACAGAAUGAAGAGUCAACAGUGGUCGCUGUGCAAAAUCUCAUCCUCUUGUGCAAUGCUAGUUUUUGACCUCUAAUUAGGUAAUGUCGUUAACAGGCAAGGCAAACAGAAUCUGCCAAGCUGAUGACAGAGACGACAACAUAACAUUGCCAAGACUGUACAUCAGGCUGACUAUCUUCCACUCAUCAUCAAAGCCAAAAACUGCAAGAUUGCCAUGAUCUUAGACUUGUCCAGAUUUAGCCCAACUCCAGGAGUUUCUCUGCAGAAAAAAAAAAAAAAAAAAAAAAAACCCUCAAAAGUGUGGAUGGUGACUAAAGUGCUCCUGGAAUAACCAAGAUGCUAGGGGGAGGGGGGAGCUGCAAACAAGAGAGUAUAGGGAUGUAUUAAAAACAAUAAAUAACAUGAGUGGGCAGGCAUAGAGUAAGGUCGGUCUCCUAUUCCAUAAACAUUGUACGUCAUAGGCUGGUGAUAAAACCUGAGUGUACUUUUCAAUGUACUUAAUUUGUGACUUAAUUUGAAAUUAUUCAUGUUGUGGAACUAAUGUUAUAACCAAACGUUAUUAUCAAAUUGUUGCAAUACUGUAGUUGGAUGACAUUCCUACACAUAAUUCGUUCACUCACAUGGUAAAAAAAGAGAAAAGCUGAACAUUGCAAUUUGCACCUAGCCUUGUGUUUGACCAUAGGUCACAGGACCUUUUUCUAUUAACUCUUCUAUAUGCCAUAGCAAUAUCCAAGGAGGUUGAAACCUCUCUGCAAUAUCUAACCUACAUGAAGGAUAUUAAAAUUUCUUGUGGCUAAA